UUUGCCGGUAGUGUUGAAAGAUACUAUAGAUAGAUAGGGCUGGGAUUAAGGUUGGUACAAAUGGCGAGUGGGGUUGGCAAUUAUUCAUCUUCAUUUACUACUGCUUUUUGUGGUUGUAAUCUCGGUGGUGAAGCUUUAGGGAUUCUAUCAUCAACUCAAAUUGAUAAACGGAGAAAGCAAAAUCUUGCAGGCGCACCUAAAAGAAUGGAGAGCUACUCCACCACUUCAUCCAUCAAAAACAAAAUCAUCGAUUCGCAUCUACAUAUAUGGGCUUCUUCUCAACAAGCAGCGGACAAGUAUCCAUACUUUCCUGGCAAUGAACCUCCUAUGCCUGCUGAUCUUGAUUUCUUGCUUUAUUGCAUGGCUGAAGCAGGAGUUGAUGGUGCCAUGAUUGUGCAGCCAAUUAACCAUAAAUCUGAUCAUUCCUUUGUCACAAGUGUGCUGAGGAAAUACCCAUCCAAAUUUAUAGGCUGCUGCCUUGCAAAUCCAGAGGAAGAUGGAGGCGGGGUCCAGCAACUGGAACAUCUCAUAACAAAGGACGGUUAUCGUGCUGUUCGAUUUAAUCCGUAUUUGUGGCCGUCUGGUCAAAAGAUGACAAAUCAAAUUGGUAAAUCAAUGUUUUCCAAAGCUGGAGAGCUUGGUACACCAGUAGGUAUUAUGUGCAUGAAGGGUCUUGAUUUGCAUUUAUCAGAAAUUAAGGAAUUGUGUACAGAAUUUCCUUCUACAGUGGUUCUGCUUGAUCAUUUGGCUUUCUGCAAACCUCCUCUAAAUGAUGGAGACACUACAACCUUUUCAGAGCUGUUAAAGCUAUCAGAAUUCCCGCAGGUUUACAUAAAGUUCAGUGCCCUGUUCAGAGUAUCAAGAAGUUCAUAUCCGUAUGAAGAUCUAUCUCAAGUUCUUUCUAAAGUAGUGUCAAGCUUUGGCGCUAACCGUGUCAUGUGGGGAAGUGACUUCCCAUUUGUUGUGGAUGAGUGUGGUUAUAAAGAAUCUAAGGAAGCAGUGUCUCUUAUUGCUUCUAAAGUGCCUUUAUCACCUGAUGAGUUGGAGUGGAUCAUGGGUAGAACCGCUUCUGAACUAUUUCAAGGAAAAUAAAUAUUCCUAAAGUUGGAUUAAAUCAAGCUUAAUUGGGCUUAAUCAGGUGAAAAUUCAGAUUUUACGGGCUACCUGCGCAGCAAAUCUUGUUUGGGCCAUAACUUGAGUUCCGGACGUCAGAAUUAGACGAUUCAACAGCCCACGCGAAGAUAUCUUAAUUGUCUACAAGUUUAAAGUGGUCCAGCUAUCUAAAGACAAAAGGAUCAGCCCAGAAUCAGGCCUGAAAGUCAGCCCACGAAUUUUGUCUCAGAAUCCAACUUGUUUUAGGAAAUCGGAAUUGUUUUUCGAGGAAACCAUUAAAACAUUAUUAUUAUUAGGGUUUUAUUAUUAUUAGAUAUCGAAGAGAGUGUAUUGAGAGAUAGAGAAAGCUUUGGGAGAUAACUUGAGCAAAGAUUGAAGGGAUUCAGUCCAAGUUCGAGAGAUUUCGUCAAGUUGUAUUUUCUUACUCUUGUACCCUUUUGACAUGAUUUCAGUAAUAUAUAUAUUCGUGUUUUCUUUAA